CCGGCCACCAUCAGCCUCUUCCUGUUUUGCAAAAGAAGAGAGCGAGGACCUUUGCGCUACUUCCGGAAACUGACCGGCGUGGUCGGACCCAAAGCUGCCAUGUUUGUUAAGGGAAAAGGACCUGAAGGAAAUUGACAACUUUUGAGCUGGGCGCCAGAUGCUUGCCACCAGAAGUGCACCCUGAAUUAUGGCAGCUUCUGCGCCGACACAAUCCGCGACUGGUUUUCCAGCUGAGGGUAGAUGCAGUUACUACGUAGAAAAGAAGAAGCGGUUCUGCAGGAUGGUGGUGGCUGCAGGAAAAAGGUUCUGUGGUGAACACGCUGGAGCUGCGGAGGUCUGGUAUCGCCCUACCCUCCUGAGAGUCGGAAAUAAGUUUCCCGGUCCGGAAGAAAAUGCUCGGAAAAGAAUCCUGUGUCCUUUAGAUCCAAAACACACAGUAUAUGAAGAUCAACUAGCAAAGCAUCUGAAAAAAUGUAACUCAAGAGAGAAGCCAAAGCCUGAUUUCUUUAUUCAGGAUAUUAAUGCAGGCUUAAAAGAUGAAACAGAAAUACCUGAACAACUAGUUCCAAUUUCUUCUCUAUCUGAAGAGCAGUUGGAAAACUUAAUUAAGAAAUUGAGAAAAGCAAGUAAAGAUUUGAAUUCUACACUUGAAGAUCACAUUAUGUCCCAUCCAGCAUUACAUGAUGCCCUUAAUGACCCUAAAAAUGGUGAUUCUGCAGUCAAGCACCUAAAGCAGCAGGCUUCUCUUUUAGGUAACAUUGAAAAAUUAAAAUUACUUGGCCCAAGAAGAUGCUUUGUUGAGUUUGGAGCAGGAAAGGGAAAAUUAUCUCACUGGGUUGAUAUUGCUUUAAAAGAUGCUGAAAAAGUUCACUUCAUCCUAGUAGAAAAAGUGACCACAAGAUUCAAGGUAGAUGGUAAACACAGAAAGAAAAAUUCAGUGUUUGAAAGACUUCAAAUUGAUAUUCAACACUUAUGUUUGAACAAGAUUCCUGUUCUAAGAGAAGGAAGACUGCCUGUGGUAGGAAUUGGAAAACAUCUCUGUGGUGUGGCAACAGAUCUUGCAUUACGAUGUUUGGUUGAAACCUAUGCUGCCAGUUAUGAGGAAAGGAAUGAAGAACCUUUAGCCAAACGCAUAAAGAAUGAUAAAACAGAAAAAGAAAUUAACACUUUGACCAAGGAAGGAAGUGAAAAAAAUGUCGCAGAGAAGUGGACUCCUGUGGCUGGCAUUGUUAUUGCACUCUGUUGUCACCACAGGUGUGAUUGGAGACAUUAUGUGGGCAAAGAAUAUUUCAGGGCGCUAGGCCUUGGAGCAGUGGAAUUCCACUAUUUCCAGAGAAUGAGUAGUUGGGCGACUUGUGGGAUGCAGAAAACAUCGUUGGAAACUUCAGAUAUUACUACAAAGAGAAAAGAUGAUCAGAAUGAUGAUAACGAAGAGCAUGACAGUGGAGAAUGCAGAAUCACAGAUGAGAGCACUGACAGCUUACCUGGGCUUCUUACUGUUGAAGAAAAGAAGAAAAUAGGACAUCUUUGUAAAUUGCUGAUUGACCAAGGCCGUAUCCAGUAUUUAGAGCAGAAGGGAUUUAAUCCUGCUUUACAAUACUAUACAGACCCUUUGGUGUCUUUGGAAAAUGUAUUGUUAACUGCUUUACCUAUUCAUUCUUCAUCACCAGAAACAACUGCCUAAUAGAAAAGAAAUUUGAAUAUCAUCUGUCUUCCACCAAAAAAAAACCUUUUAAAAUUAUAUUUUUAUAUCUACAAAAAUGUAAUUUGAAUAGUAGAUAAUAUUAUCUUUAAAAAUACUGUGGCCUCAUUCAUCUGUGGCAGUAGCUUUGCUUUUUACUUGAGAAAUUCAGAGAGUAUUCACCAAAUUCUGAAAGUAAUCCUCUUCAGCAGGGCAUUUGGAAUUAUAUUAUUCAUCAGUAUUUAUAGCAGUCGGUAAAGUAGUUGAGCACUUGACUUGGUCAUCUGAAACACACAUAACACAUCAACUUGUAAUUAACAAUGAUUUUCUAUUUACAUUAAGUGGGAAAUUUGUUUCCUUUGGUUUUAUUUAAUAUUUUUUUAUGUCUCAGGUUCAAGAUGUAAUAAUCAGUUGUCAGUUUAUAACAAGGGCCAAUCUUAGAAUUUAGCAUAUGUGUGAAUUUCUUUUUUCUAUACAGAUCUGGAGCCAGGAAUGGUGGCACAAGCCUGUAAUCCCAGCACUUGGGAGGCUGGCUCAGGCAGGUGGAUCAUGAGUUCAAGGCCAGACCAGGCUACAUAGUGAGACCCUGUCUCACAAAACCGCAAACAAACAAGUAGAAACCCACAGAUCUGGAAAGGAUGUUCACAAUCAGUAAUGAAAUCACCUUCUGGCUUCCAGAGCCAUACAUGUAAUUAUUUAUUACCAGAAUUAGUCCAUGACAAACACCAAAACUGAGGAGAUGUUUUCAAGAAAAAAAAUCAUUUUUUGUUGAAUUAUCAUAGGACUUUAAAAAGAUAUUUAUAAACAUAAAUCACAAAAUAUACUUGAAAUUUGCAAGUAGCUUCUAAUUUAUACAUACACAUAUAUGUAUAAUUUAUCAGGCUAUUUCCUACAUAUGUAAAUAUGAACAGUGAAGUAUGUUCUCUCCCAUUUGGGAAAAUAACUUGGAAUAAGGUGGAAAUUUAAAUAAUAAAACCAAAAAUCUUGUCACAUUUAGGCCUUAUUUAACUGAUAAAAGCUUUCUAUGCACAAGCAAAUAUUAAACCAAACAUAUGAUAGGACUGUUAUUCUCGUCCAUGUCUUAUCCUUGGUUUGUUUCUGCAUUUAUUUGUAAAAACUGUCUCUUUUUUUUUGGUACCGGGGAUCGAACCGGGUUCUUGUCCUUGCAAGGCAGGCAGUGGAAUCACUGAGCUAAAUCCCCAACCCUGUAAAAACUGUCUUAAUUAUCAAAACAUAUGCAAAGGCAAAGAAGCAGAAUUACUAAUUUCAAAUAUUAUAAUGAUAUUCUAAGGUAACUUUUUGUCCUGUAGGUCUAUAAUUAUAUGAAUUGUAAACGAGAAGCCUACCCAUUUUUAAUUCCUGACCUUUCUACUUUAAUUUAAUCUCAGGUGUUUUGUCAGUCUGCCUAGGUUCAAAUCCUAACCCCACCACCUUUCAGUGGGUGACCAUGGUCAAACUACUUAUCUCUUUGUGCCUCAACUUUCUCCUCUUAAAAUGGGGAUGAUAAUGAUGAUGAUAAUAAAACCUACCUCACAAGGUUGUUUUGUGCAUCAAAUGAGAUGACACAAGUAAAAUGCUUAGAACCAUUCCAAGCACAAAGUAAAUAAUAAAUAUUAACUAAAAGUAGUAAUUCAUGAAUCUAUUUUUAAUAACAAUAGGCAGGCUUUUGCUUUAUUAUCUUUUUUUUUGGUACCGGGGAUCAAACUUGGGACCUUGGGUGCCAGAACCACUGAGCUAAAUCCCUGGCCUUAUUAUCUCUUUAACUUUUUCCUCUUGUUAUAAGUCUAUGUCAAAUAUUAUUAAAGUAAGGUAAUUUGCUUAUUUUUAAGUUACCCAUGCUCCCUAAUCUAAAGAACAUAAAUGAAGAUAAUUCAUCAUUCAAUAAUUAACCUGAUUUUAUUGUCAGAAAUGCUCAUGUGUCAAAAUGUAUUUUGUAUCAUUCAACAAUUUAUGCCCAGAAAUAAAAGAUAUUCUACAAAAGGUA